ACAGUCGAGUAUCAUGACCCUUCUGGAGUAUUCCCCCUUGUCUCGCGCGAUAUCACGGCGCGUUUGCCUCUGCGCAACUUGAACUGGCAGUCACCGCCCCGACCGUUGCGCCAAAUCAGAUCGCUGCAUGUAGACUUUGUGCCCGACAAGUACACGCAGAAUCACCUUCGCCCGCCUGUGUCGCGCACCGAUUCCGAAGAUCCUCAGACCAGCCUCGAUAUCGUUCGAAGCGGUGCCACAAAUGCAGCCAGGAAGCGCAGACACCAGAUUCCUGGCUUCAGAACGACUCCCUUCUUGAAAGUUUAUGUUCUACGAUGCGAUGAUAAAGAGGCCUACAAAGACAGCGAUCGCAAGAAGAUCCGGGAAUGGAUUCGAGAAAAUGCCCAGCCAGAGGGCAAGCAGAACCACGAUGCAUGCGAGUGGUUGAUUCUCCAUGUGAGCAGCAAAGAUCCUGACGAUCUAAAAGAACGUAAAGGUGGCAACAAGCUCAUUGGAAAGAGUACGCGCACAGUCUUCGACAGACUGCGUGCAGACUUCAACGAGUCUUCGAAAUCCAGCUUCGAUCGAGUAGCACAGCUUCGAAUACCAAAGAAAGAGGCACCGGGAGACCUGCUACCUACGCCUGCCGUCGCGCAGACCCUUGAAGAAACGCCCCAGGAACGGGAGAACGCAUGGAGUGACCUGAUCUCCAAGCUGAAAGCGCUUCUCCUUGGGUCGUUCGAUAAACGAGUGCGCCAAUAUGAAGCCGACAUUGCAGAGCAAGAAUCCCGGAGAUCAUUGCCUGGCUGGAACUUUUGUACUUUCUUCGUCCACAAAGAAGGCCUGGCCAAAGCGCUGGAGAGCAUUGGCUUGGUCGAAGAUGCUCUGGCUAUAUAUGACGAGCUUGCACUCGGCUUAGAGACUAUCCUUAGAGACAUGGCAGCGGGACAAGCAGAAGGGACAGCAACCAGUUUUGCAGCAUACACUGAUGAUAUCAAGCAACGGAUACGAGGCCCAUCACACACAACUACAAAUGGAAAUCACAACGUCGCGAGUGACGAAUCUGCUUCUGCAGCAGUGCUAUUCGAUAAAGAUUAUCGCGAGGAGAUUGUGAGGAGUAACAUCUCAGUAUUCGACUUCUUGUGCUAUAUCUUUGUGCGACAAAAGACAUUGAUCCUGCGAUUAGCGAAUGCCCAGUCCGCUCGCGCGGCUCUAGGUGCACCACGCGAAGGCGGCGAAGAUUUGGUUCUUACUUCUGAGCUGUGCUGGCGGGCUUCAAGCUUUCUCCAUAAUGCCGCGAGAACACUUCGAGAGGACCUGAUUCAGGGCCUGCGGGACGAAGAUGGUGAAGCCAAAACACUCGAGAUCGAGAGCCUUGUAGGCUCAUGGACAUGGACUGUCGCCAGUCAGAUACUUGCUGACACGGCAGUACCUGCGCUGAUGGAUCUGACGAAGUCCGGAAUCCAGAGUCCAUCUCAAUUACCAAAUGGGAACCUCAAGCGUCCUGCGCUCAGCAUGGGACUGGGUGCUAACACCCACCCUCAGCGGACUUCCAGUCUCCCAGACUCGAAAGCAGCCGCAGCACUGAUGCGUCCGCCGACUAGAAGUCUUGCCCUUGACGAUACCGCUUCUCUUGCGACUUAUCGUGCUGAACUGAUUUUGAUGCGGCGCAAAGUACUAGAGCAGCUAGCUUGCAGACGGGGUUGGUAUGCAGGAUGGGCUUUUGCCAAACACGCCAAGCAGGACACGACGAAGGAGGUUGGCCUCGAUGACACCGUUCAAGAAAAUCCAGAUCUCGAGAAGCAGGCGCGCACAAACCAGGCCUUAGGCCCGACAUUGAUCAAGCCGCUGGAGUCCAAAACCACUUUCGAAGCCGAAUAUGAGGGCUUGACCGAAUUAGCUAUCAAGCACUAUUUCACAGCAACGCAGGGUAAUUCCGCGAGGGUGCUACUUGGAGACCUCGCUGUGCUCAAAUGCCAACAGGAUGACUAUCUUACUGCGGCCACGUACUUUGAAAGCAUACUAUCGCCCUAUACUGAGGAGAGCUGGAAUUCGAUGGAGCUUGUAACUCUGAGCACAUAUUCGUACUGCUUGAAGCGACUUCUUCGCAAAGACGAAUUUGUUCAAACGGUGCUCGCCUUGCUAGCGAAAGUCUGCGCUAAAUGCAAAGAGCACCGGUUGCCACGAAAGCACCCACGCGCGAUCAGCACUUCUAGAGAUGAAGGGAUAGAGACUGCUGGGAUGUUCGUUGAAGCUGUUGAUACUUCCGAAGAGCUCCAAGAAGAUGUGACGCAGCCACUGAAGAAAUUCUUCAGCGACGUCAAGCUGGAUCGUGAAAUCAAGCAUUCCGAGAGCUGUGACGCAUUCAGUCUCUUCCUGGAUCUGCGACAGCUCCUCGACGAUGGCAUGGAAUUCGAUGAAGCAAAAGUGCGUCUGGUCAGCGUAAGCGACUCAGCGCAAGAAGUGUGGCUCUCGAAUUCUGCACCCGUUAUGCUAACGCCUGGAAUGAACCAACUUGAGCUUCGGGGGAGCACGGUUUCGUAUGGUGCCUACCUCAUCGACACGAUCGUGCUUCGAGCCAAAAAAAUACGUUUCGUCGAAGAAGUGCGAGCGAAGCCUGACCCUACUCCACUUGGCAUCACUGUCAUCGCGCCCACGACUACCAUAAGGGACUCGUCUAAGGCACCGCCUUUCGUGUUUCUCUAUCCAAGAGAACAUGCAUUUGAUGCGCAGAUGAGAAGAUCCAGCGAUAUCCACAUCGAAAAAGCGCGCCACUUUGAGGUUGUACUAAGCGCAGGACAGAACGAGAUUAACAGCAUCUCGAUUCGACUCAAGCCUGCCUCUGCGGGGCUUCGCUUACAUCUUGCUGACGCAAAAGCCGACGGAAUUGCCAUUCAAGCAGGAGAGAACAAGCCUGGGAUGAUUGGGCUUGCGGCAUUGCCUGCUGGUCAGCAAGGGACGAUCACCGUACCUUAUACGACUGAGCAUCCUGUCAAGGAUAUCAUGGUACGGCUUGAGGUUGAAUACACAACGAGUGAUGGGACCUUCACCUUCCUGCAAUCCGGGAAACUGCCCAAUGAGCUACCUCUCGAUGUUGAUGUCAACGACAUCUUCCAGCUGGACACGCUGUUCUCGAGUUUCACUGUCCGUACAACUGGUCAAACGCCAUUCAUUGUGCUGGACGCCCAACUAGAUGCGUCUCCAUUAUACGCGGUCGAAGCGCCACCAGCGCUCCCUUUGCCACUUCCAGUGUUUCAGUCGCAACCGAUGGAUCUAGUUUACAAGAUCACGCGCGCUACAUCCGAGGACAAAGAGGUUCUGAAGCGAGACGCUGCGCUAGCACUUGGCGUACGUUAUCUUCCGCUCGACGAGCUAUGCCUGAGUUGCUUGCGGCAGUCAUUCGUGAAAGAUCUUCAGCAAAGUCAGUUCUCGGGCACACAUCGCCUUUUGGUGCCACUCUUGCUCGAGCGUGCGCGACGAUGCGUCCACGCUGCGGAUCUUGAGAUGGCUGCACUCAUGGGAGAAGCAAAGAUACCUGAUUUUGACGCAAUCGGCUGGAACGAGGUCAUUGCAACGUUGUCUACCAAGGUUCGGCAACCUUUGGAGGAUUGGUUGAGGCAAUGGCAUGCGAACCAUACAAUACUCUCCCUUGCUGAUGCCGAUGGCACCGUGGCACAGCGGAUCACCAUCUCAGUUGACGUGCCGAACGUCGACAUGGUGUUUAGCACCGCACUCGACCUUGCAGAGCCUCCUCUGUCACGCGUCCACGAUCCGCGUAUCUUGACGCUUGGAAGUGCGGUCAAGGCAUGUGUGAGAGUGAAGCAAACCGGCGAUUGGAGUGCCAAAAGCGUCUUUCCGAGUGUGCCCACCUUCAAGAUGGAAGGAGAAGUCGAAUGUCCGUCGGGUUUUGUCAUCGAUGUCGGGACGGAGGCGGACACUUGGUUGGUUGGAGGGCAGCGCCGUUGUCACUUGGUUCCAGGAGAUGGUUCGGACUACACAUUCGACGUGCUACUGGUGCCACUGAGGCCGGGACUUCAGCCGCUGCCAAUAAUUGAAGUACAG